UCCCUGCUUAGACGCGGCUAGUUCAAGUUGCCGUAGCAAAGUAAAGCAGAUGAUUAUUCCGACAAACGCUUAGAGAAGACUUGGAGUCCACUCCCGUGUAAUUUGUGAAUGUCUGAGAGUCAGUGGUUUUUUCCAAACUAUGGACACGUCCUGCGAGUCGGACUCGUACGACUUGAUGCGGGGACCGAGGCCUCGGGGCCGGGACAGGACCAGAACCAGGACCAGAACCGGUGCCAGUCCAGGGGAAAUCAGCCAGAAGAUCAGCACCCUGGCCGACACCUUACAGGACACCAGUCGGAACCUGAAUAAAGUGGACCAAAUGCUGGGGCAGUACAGGGACCAAUCAAACGACCAGGCUGAAGCCAUGGCGCUGCUCAGGGAGAACUUAGAGGAGUCUAUCAGUCAGUUGCAGACAACGAGGUUGAGCAAAACUAAUGGAGUUCGCAGUUCCUCUGCCUCGACCCUGCAUACCAGUGAUUUGGAAGCAUUCUCAGAAUCAGAAGCGCAGCGCUUCUAUCCUACCUCUCCACUAAGGAACAACGCGGGCAGUCCAGGAAGGAGGAAGAGGAGGUCUCAGUCUGCCAACGUUCGCUUCAAGGAUGCCGGCCUGGCAGGAGAUGAUGUUCACGUGUUGCACCAGUCCCUGCGGGAUUUACACUGCGACCAACGGAGACUGUCUGAAGAGCUGGACAGAGAGAUCUUCAGGAGAAACAGGUCUGAUAUCGACACUCGGCGGGCGAUGGAGAGCCUCACAGAGCACAUAACAGCUUCCCAAAGACAGGGCUCAGUGUCUGCUCGUUUGGAGCGCCGUCUGCAGGAGCUGGAGAGAGAGACACACCCCGAUCAAAGGAAGGUGGAGAGAGACAAAAGGCCAGAGCAGCGGGCGGUUGUUUCUGAUGAGCCGCAGGAGACUUUAGGGAGGCGCCAAGUGCAAGCUCACGAGAGGGAGGAGGCUGUGACAGCCAGGCUGCUCACAGCAGAGAGGGACAAAUAUAAGGUGGAGCAGGAGCUCGACAGAGUCAGGAGGCUGCUGGAGCAGUCGGAGGACAGCAGGGAGUCUCUCAUUCAACAGGUGGGGGGCAUGCGUGAUGAACUGCUGAGGAAAAAGGAGGAGAGGACGGGACCUCAGAGGGCACGGAUGGAGACUGCCCAGCACAGUGCACAGCUGUAUGGAAACUACUCCGACCGCGAGGGGGGAAAAGAUCGCUCGGACUUGGAGAAAGAAUUGGCGGAGCUGCGAGCUCAGCUGUGCAAGGCUUCGGUACACAGUGAGGUCGAAGAACUGAAGAGGGCUCUGGACUGCAAGGAGAAGGAGAAACUCCAGCUUAGCUCAGAGCUGGCGGAAUUAUCAUCAGAUUUAGCGAGACGAGAGCACCAGCAGCUAAGAAUGUUGGACCAACUCAGAGAAAUACAGAGCCGAGGACAGACUGAGAAGAGAGAAAUGGAGGCGUUACUGCAGGAGAGCACAAAAAGUAGAGAUGAAUUGAAGAACAGAGCCCAAGAAGCUGUCCGUCAGUGGAGGGCAAAGUGCAAGAGACUGCAGAAGGAGCUGGAGGAGGUGAAGGCCAAGGCUCAGCUUCAUAACGACAAGGCUUCGCAGGCAGACAGGGAGAAGGAAAGCUCGCAGGCCCAGCUGAAGGCGCUGAGCCAGCAGGCCGAGGUGUCCCGCAGGGAGCUGGCUCAGGUCCUGGGCCGUUCGGCCCAGCGCGAGGAAGAGCUGCACCGCAAGGACGUGGAGCUGUCGGAGGCUCAGCAGCGCCUGCUGUCCCUACAGCAGGAAAUCCGGGAGGUCAGGGAUGCCUCAGCCGGCCGGGAGCAGGAGAUUCAGCGCCAGGCCGCCGUCCAAGCGAGACUGAGAGAGGAGAAGGAUAGCCUGGAAGAACAAGCUGAUACCCGGCACCGCCGUCUUCAGAGGGACCAGGACAAACAGGCCGAGCUCCAGGCCGCCCUCAAGCAGAUGACCGCCGCACAGGCGCGGCUGUCCCAGCAGCUGGCCGAGGAGGAGGGGGCCCGGAUGGAGCUGCAGAGGGACAGCACAGACCUCAAGGCCAGAGUGACGGUGCUCCAGGAGGAGCGGGCUACGUUGGGCCAACAGCUGCAGCUGGAGAGGGAAGAGCAUCAGAAGGAACUGGACCACAUGAAGGCCACGCUGGAAGACGGCAUGAUGAAGAAAGAACGCAGUGUGCAGGACAUGCUGAAACUCUGCCGUCAGGAGCGCAACGACAUGCAGGUACAGCUCAGGGAGGUUAAGGCAGAUGCAGCAUCAGACAAGGAGCUGUGUGGGGCACUGCAGAUCAAGUUGGACAGGAUGAAGGAUAAGUGUGAUAAGCUGGCAGCACAGCUGAGCACACGAGACGAUGCGCAUUCACUUCUGCAGGGAAAAUACCAGCUUCUCACGCAGGAACUGGAGGACAGAGUCUUGACGGGUGGACAGAGACGUGCGUCUGAAUCUGAACUUGUAAGACUCGAGCAGAGGGUGCUGCAGAUGGAGACGGAGCAAGAAACUGUGCUGACGGCUCUGGGCGAAGAACUGGAUGCAGCCUGCCGUAGUCUGGCCAGGAAUGGAGAGGACAAACUACAGGCCAUCUCCCAGAGACCCGGAUUAGUGAAAGAUCCACACCGCUGGCUCGCUGAGACUAAGACUAAGCUCCGCUGGCUGUGUGAGGAGGUGCGGGAGCGCGACUCGAGGGAGCGGCGCCUGCGGAGGCAGCACCAACAGACCCGGGACCAGUUGAAAGCCCUCAGGCAGAGCCAGGACUCGGAACAGGCUGUUCUGCUGCAGCGCCUGGACCAGCAGGAGAAGAUGCUGCACUCCCUCGGCACCGACAGGAGAGAGCUGCUGGAGAGGAGUCGGAGGAAGGAGGAAGAAAUGAGGAACCUUCAGGACAGUCUGAUGGAUCUGGAAAUGAACACUAAAGUAGCGCUGGACCACUUGGAGUUGAUGCCAGAGAAAAAUCGUCUGAUGGACAACUUCAAAGAUUUGGAGGAAUCGCAGCAUCAGAAGGAGCUCCUAGAGAAGCGCUACACUAAAUACAAAGAGAUCGUCUGGGACCUGCAGCACCAGCUGGACGAGUCCAAACGCAGGAUCCAAGACUACAAAGAUGAGAAGUUGGAUGCGACUACGAGGAGCUUGAGACUGGCUGCUCUUUCUUCCUCCAUCAAAGGUCCAAACACACUGAAGUCCGGCUCUCUCUCGCCUCACGAACGCCUCACCACUUCGGACUUGGAUGACUCCAACGACAACCUGGACAGGCUGCUCAGACGUUAGCUUAACCCCAAACAGUUCUUCAGGAACCCCAACAUUUCUGCAGCGUUUCUUUGCUCUUGGUGCCGUUUCAGACCAAGCUGACUGUGGUAAGAGGUUUUUAACGCUCACGCUCCUCGAGCCUGGAGGAGGAGGCAGAGAGGUACAUAUUUAUGCGGGUUUGUGUAAACAAGGAUAUUUCUCAAAACGUAGAGGGGGAAAUAUCCGUUUUUGUAAAUACCCGGCUAUGUGUAAACGUGGCCUGAGACUCCAUAGCAAACAUUUCUAGCGAGGAUUUUGGUCCAAAGGAGGCUCAACUGUGAAGAGGUGUUAAUCUUAUUUAUAAGCAUCUAUACUGAAUGUCUUAAACCCUUUUUUAAGAAGAUUAACUGGUUUACUGUUACAUGUUUUAUUAUUUUACCUGCUCAAAGUUUUUUAAAUGGUGUUUAUUUAAAAUCAUCUGUGAUCAUGCCAAUGUGUCUGUGCUAAAUUUAUAUCAUCUCUUUAAUGAUUAUACACGAACAAACCGGUGCCUUUUGAAAGAGACUGCAGUUGUUUUUACUAAUCCUAUUGUCCUGUUUAUGUUUAUGUGUAUGUAAGUUGUGUUUUACUGUAUUUUUUUACUGUAUGUUUUUUAAUAUAAUGUCAAAUUCCUUUAUCUUUCAUGUCAUGCAGAAUAUAUAUCUGUAAAAAAGAAAAAAGCACAAAUGUUUAUUUUUAUGAAAUGCUCAGGA